GUAAGAGGGCUGGUUCACAGAGGAGGCAGACCCCUCAACACCGGGGCCGCCCUCCAAUACGUGAGGGACAACGUCUUUACAAGUCCCGCCGGGAGUAGGCACCUGCAAGGUGUUCCACAGAUAUUGAUCCUGCUAAAUGGUGGAAGGUCUUCUGACAAUGUCGAUACUCCAGCCUCUGUUCUCAAACAGCAGGGCAUCAUUGUCUUUGGCAUUGGAACAAGAAACUCUGACAAUGGAGAGCUGCGGAAAAUAACACAGGACCCUAAUUACACUCUAUCCGUGUCUGAGUUCACUGACCUCCCCAGUGUCCAAGAACAGCUUUCCUCGCUAAUGAGAACAGCACUUGUGAGGGCCACGCCCAUGACACCAACAGUAACUGUGGUGACAAAGCCAAAAGGAAGAGAUGUUGUGUUCUUGUUGGAUGGAUCUGAUGGUACUAGAACCGGAUUCCCAGCUAUGCAAGCCUUUGUCCAAAGAGUAGUAGAGAGACUCAGUCUGGAUGACAACAAAGACCGUGUCUCAGUGGUUCAGUACAGCAGAGAUCCAGCUGUCCACUUCUAUUUGAACACAUAUGAGACAAAAGUGGAGAUCCUUGACACUGUCAGAGGUUUGAGGCACAAAGGCGGAAGACCCCUCAACACUGGAGCAGCUCUCCAGUACUUGAGGGAUAAUGUCUUCACAGCCUCUGCUGGAAGCAGGCGCCUGGAAGGAGUUCCACAGGUCCUGAUAUUGCUAAGUGGAGGACGGUCUUCUGACAGUGUUGAUGCAUCAGCUGCUGCUCUGAAACAGCUGGGCGUCUUGACCUUUGCAAUUGGAACCAAGGGUUCUGACAGCAGAGAACUGCGGAAGAUAUCCCACGAUGGCUAUUCUGCUAUCUCUGUGUCUGAUUUCACUGAACUUGAACGUAUCCAAGAGCAACUUCAGUCCUCCUUGGAGGCUGUGGUUAUUGACGUCACCCCAGAAUCACCGACUGUACUUGUUGACACUCCCCAAAAGGACAUUGUUUUCCUUCUGGAUGGUUCUGAUAGCACAAGGAAUGGCUUCCCUGCUAUGCGUGAUUUUGUUGAGAAAGUGGUUGAGAAACUCAAUGUGGGAGAAAGCAAAGACCGUGUCUCUGUAGUCCAAUACAGCAGAGAUUCAGAGGUCAAUUUCUAUUUGAAUACAUACAGCACCAAAGAAGAUAUUGUGGAUUCGGUAAGAGGGCUGGUUCACAGAGGAGGCAGACCCCUCAACACCGGGGCCGCCCUCCAAUACGUGAGGGACAACGUCUUUACAAGUCCCGCCGGGAGUAGGCACCUGCAAGGUGUUCCACAGAUAUUGAUCCUGCUAAAUGGUGGAAGGUCUUUUGACAAUGUCGAUACUCCAGCCUCUGUUCUCAAACAGCAGGGCAUCAUUGUCUUUGGCAUUGGAACAAGAAACUCUGACAAUGGAGAGCUGCGGAAAAUAACACAGGACCCUAAUUACACUCUAUCCGUGUCUGAGUUCACUGACCUCCCCAGUGUCCAAGAACAGCUUUCCUCGCUAAUGAGAACAGCACUUGUGAGGGCCACGCCCAUGACACCAACAGUAACUGUGGUGACAAAGCCAAAAGGAAGAGAUGUUGUGUUCUUGUUGGAUGGAUCUGAUGGUACUAGAACCGGAUUCCCAGCUAUGCAAGCCUUUGUCCAAAGAGUAGUAGAGAGACUCAGUCUGGAUGACAACAAAGACCGUGUCUCAGUGGUUCAGUACAGCAGAGAUCCAGCUGUCCACUUCUAUUUGAACACAUAUGAGACAAAAGUCGAGAUCCUUGACACUGUCAGAGGUUUGAGGCACAAAGGCGGAAGACCCCUCAACACUGGAGCAGCUCUCCAGUACUUGAGGGAUAAUGUCUUCACAGCCUCUGCUGGAAGCAGGCGCCUGGAAGGAGUUCCACAGGUCCUGAUAUUGCUAAGUGGAGGACGGUCUUCUGACAGUGUUGAUGCAUCAGCUGCUGCUCUGAAACAGCUGGGCGUCUUGACCUUUGCAAUUGGAACCAAGGGUUCUGACAGCAGAGAACUGCGGAAGAUAUCCCACGAUGGCGAUUCUGCUAUCUCUGUGUCUGAUUUCACUGAACUUGAACGUAUCCAAGAGCAACUUCAGUCCUCCUUGGAGGCUGUGGUUAUUGACGUCACCCCAGGAUCACCUACUGUACUUGUUGACACUCCCCAAAAGGACAUUGUUUUCCUUCUGGAUGGUUCUGAUAGCACAAAGAAUGGCUUCCCUGCUAUGCGUGAUUUUGUUGAGAAAGUGGUUGAGAAACUCAAUGUGGGAGAAAGCAAAGACCGUGUCUCUGUAGUCCAAUACAGCAGAGAUUCAGAGGUCAAUUUCUAUUUGAAUACAUACAGCACCAAAGAAGAUAUUGUGGAUUCGGUAAGAGGGCUGGUUCACAGAGGAGGCAGACCCCUCAACACCGGGGCCGCCCUCCAAUACGUGAGGGACAACGUCUUUACAAGUCCCGCCGGGAGUAGGCACCUGCAAGGUGUUCCACAGAUAUUGAUCCUGCUAAAUGGUGGAAGGUCUUUUGACAAUGUCGAUACACCAGCCUCUGUUCUCAAACAGCAGGGCAUCAUUGUAUUUGGCAUUGGAACAAGAAACUCUGACAAUGGAGAGCUGCGGAAAAUAACACAGGACCCUAAUUACACUCUAUCCGUGUCUGAGUUCACUGACCUCCCCAGUGUCCAAGAACAGCUUUCCUCGCUAAUGAGCACAGCACUUGUGAGGGCCACGCCCAUGACACCAACAGUAACUGUGGUGACAAAGCCAAAAGGAAGAGAUGUUGUGUUCUUGUUGGAUGGAUCUGAUGGUACUAGAACCGGAUUCCCAGCUAUGCAAGCCUUUGUCCAAAGAGUAGUAGAGAGACUCAGUCUGGAUGACAACAAAGACCGAGUCUCAGUGGUUCAGUACAGCAGAGAUCCAGCUGUCCACUUCUAUUUGAACACAUAUGAGACAAAAGUGGAGAUCCUUGACACUGUCAGAGGUUUGAGGCACAAAGGCGGAAGACCCCUCAACACUGGAGCAGCUCUCCAGUACUUGAGGGAUAAUGUCUUCACAGCCUCUGCUGGAAGCAGGCGCCUGGAAGGAGUUCCACAGGUCCUGAUAUUGCUAAGUGGAGGACGGUCUUCUGACAGUGUUGAUGCAUCAGCUGCUGCUCUGAAACAGCUGGGCGUCUUGACCUUUGCAAUUGGAACCAAGGGUUCUGACAGCAGAGAACUGCGGAAGAUAUCCCACGAUGGCGAUUCUGCUAUCUCUGUGUCUGAUUUCACUGAACUUGAACGUAUCCAAGAGCAACUUCAGUCCUCCUUGGAGGCUGUGGUUAUUGACGUCACCCCAGAAUCACCGACUGUACUUGUUGACACUCCCCAAAAGGACAUUGUUUUCCUUCUGGAUGGUUCUGAUAGCACAAGGAAUGGCUUCCCUGCUAUGCGUGAUUUUGUUGAGAAAGUGGUUGAGAAACUCAAUGUGGGAGAAAGCAAAGACCGUGUCUCUGUCGUCCAAUACAGCAGAGAUUCAGAGGUCAAUUUCUAUUUGAAUACAUACAGCACCAAAGAAGAUAUUGUGGAUUCGGUAAGAGGGCUGGUUCACAGAGGAGGCAGACCCCUCAACACCGGGGCCGCCCUCCAAUACGUGAGGAACAACGUCUUUACAAGUCCCGCCGGGAGUAGGCACCUGCAAGGUGUUCCACAGAUAUUGAUCCUGCUAAAUGGUGGAAGGUCUUUUGACAAUGUCGAUACUCCAGCCUCUGUUCUCAAACAGCAGGGCGUCAUUGUCUUUGGCAUUGGAACAAGAAACUCUGACAAUGGAGAGCUGCGGAAAAUAACACAGGACCCUAAUUACACUCUAUCCGUGUCUGAGUUCACUGACCUCCCCAGUGUCCAAGAACAGCUUUCCUCGCUAAUGAGAACAGCACUUGUGAGGGCCACGCCCAUGACACCAACAGUAACUGUGGUGACAAAGCCAAAAGGAAGAGAUGUUGUGUUCUUGUUGGAUGGAUCUGAUGGUACUAGAACCGGAUUCCCAGCUAUGCAAGCCUUUGUCCAAAGAGUAGUAGAGAGACUCAGUCUGGAUGACAACAAAGACCGUGUCUCAGUGGUUCAGUACAGCAGAGAUCCAGCUGUCCACUUCUAUUUGAACACAUAUGAGACAAAAGUGGAGAUCCUUGACACUGUCAGAGGUUUGAGGCACAAAGGCGGAAGACCCCUCAACACUGGAGCAGCUCUCCAGUACUUGAGGGAUAAUGUCUUCACAGCCUCUGCUGGAAGCAGGCGCCUGGAAGGAGUUCCACAGGUCCUGAUAUUGCUAAGUGGAGGACGGUCUUCUGACAGUGUUGAUGCAUCAGCUGCUGCUCUGAAACAGCUGGGCGUCUUGACCUUUGCAAUUGGAACCAAGGGUUCUGACAGCAGAGAACUGCGGAAGAUAUCCCACGAUGGCGAUUCUGCUAUCUCUGUGUCUGAUUUCACUGAACUUGAACGUAUCCAAGAGCAACUUCAGUCCUCCUUGGAGGCUGUGGUUAUUGACGUCACCCCAGAAUCACCGACUGUACUUGUUGACACUCCCCAAAAGGACAUUGUUUUCCUUCUGGAUGGUUCUGAUAGCACAAGGAAUGGCUUCCCUGCUAUGCGUGAUUUUGUUGAGAAAGUGGUUGAGAAACUCAAUGUGGGAGAAAGCAAAGACCGUGUCUCUGUAGUCCAAUACAGCAGAGAUUCAGAGGUCAAUUUCUAUUUGAAUACAUACAGCACCAAAGAAGAUAUUGUGGAUUCGGUCAGAGGGCUGGUUCACAGAGGAGGCAGACCCCUCAACACCGGGGCCGCCCUCCAAUACGUGAGGAACAACGUCUUUACAAGUCCCGCCGGGAGUAGGCACCUGCAAGGUGUUCCACAGAUAUUGAUCCUGCUAAAUGGUGGAAGGUUUGACAAUGUCGAUACUCCAGCCUCUGUUCUCAAACAGCAGGGCAUCAUUGUCUUUGGCAUUGGAACAAGAAACUCUGACAAUGGAGAGCUGCGGAAAAUAACACAGGACCCUAAUUACACUCUAUCUGUGUCUGAGUUCACUGACCUCCCCAGUGUCCAAGAACAGCUUUCCUCGCUAAUGAGCACAGCACUUGUGAGGGCCACGCCCAUGACACCAACAGUAACUGUGGUGACAAAGCCAAAAGGAAGAGAUGUUGUGUUCUUGUUGGAUGGAUCUGAUGGUACUAGAACCGGAUUCCCAGCUAUGCAAGCCUUUGUCCAAAGAGUAGUAGAGAGACUCAGUCUGGAUGACAACAAAGACCGUGUCUCAGUGGUUCAGUACAGCAGAGAUCCAGCUGUCCACUUCUAUUUGAACACAUAUGAGACAAAAGUCGAGAUCCUUGACACUGUCAGAGGUUUGAGGCACAAAGGCGGAAGACCCCUCAACACUGGAGCAGCUCUCCAGUACUUGAGGGAUAAUGUCUUCACAGCCUCUGCUGGAAGCAGGCGCCUGGAAGGAGUUCCACAGGUCCUGAUAUUGCUAAGUGGAGGACGGUCUUCUGACAGUGUUGAUGCAUCAGCUGCUGCUCUGAAACAGCUGGGCGUCUUGACCUUUGCAAUUGGAACCAAGGGUUCUGACAGCAGAGAACUGCGGAAGAUAUCCCACGAUGGCGAUUCUGCUAUCUCUGUGUCUAAUUUCACUGAACUUGAACGUAUCCAAGAGCAACUUCAGUCCUCCUUGGAGGCUGUGGUUAUUGACGUCACCCCAGAAUCACCGACUGUACUUGUUGACACUCCCCAAAAGGACAUUGUUUUCCUUCUGGAUGGUUCUGAUAGCACAAGGAAUGGCUUCCCUGCUAUGCGUGAUUUUGUUGAGAAAGUGGUUGAGAAACUCAAUGUGGGAGAAAGCAAAGACCGUGUCUCUGUAGUCCAAUACAGCAGAGAUUCAGAGGUCCAUUUCUAUUUGAAUACAUACAGCACCAAAGAAGAUAUUGUGGAUUCGGUAAGAGGGCUGGUUCACAGAGGAGGCAGACCCCUCAACACCGGGGCCGCCCUCCAAUACGUGAGGGACAACGUCUUUACAAGUCCCGCCGGGAGUAGGCACCUGCAAGGUGUUCCACAGAUAUUGAUCCUGCUAAAUGGUGGAAGGUCUUUUGACAAUGUCGAUACUCCAGCCUCUGUUCUCAAACAGCAGGGCAUCAUUGUCUUUGGCAUUGGAACAAGAAACUCUGACAAUGGAGAGCUGCGGAAAAUAACACAGGACCCUAAUUACACUCUAUCCGUGUCUGAGUUCACUGACCUCCCCAGUGUCCAAGAACAGCUUUCCUCGCUAAUGAGCACAGCACUUGUGAGGGCCACGCCCAUGACACCAACAGUAACUGUGGUGACAAAGCCAAAAGGAAGAGAUGUUGUGUUCUUGUUGGAUGGAUCUGAUGGUACUAGAACCGGAUUCCCAGCUAUGCAAGCCUUUGUCCAAAGAGUAGUAGAGAGACUCAGUCUGGAUGACAACAAAGACCGUGUCUCAGUGGUUCAGUACAGCAGAGAUCCAGCUGUCCACUUCUAUUUGAACACAUAUGAGACAAAAGUGGAGAUCCUUGACACUGUCAGAGGUUUGAGGCACAAAGGCGGAACCCUCAACACUGGAGCAGCUCUCCAGUACUUGAGGGAUAAUGUCUUCACAGCCUCUGCUGGAAGCAGGCGCCUGGAAGGAGUUCCACAGGUCCUGAUAUUGCUAAGUGGAGGACGGUCUUCUGACAGUGUUGAUGCAUCAGCUGCUGCUCUGAAACAGCUGGGCGUCUUGACCUUUGCAAUUGGAACCAAGGGUUCUGACAGCAGAGAACUGCGGAAGAUAUCCCACGAUGGCGAUUCUGCUAUCUCUGUGUCUGAUUUCACUGAACUUGAACGUAUCCAAGAGCAACUUCAGUCCUCCUUGGAGGCUGUGGUUAUUGACGUCACCCCAGAAUCACCGACUGUACUUGUUGACACUCCCCAAAAGGACAUUGUUUUCCUUCUGGAUGGUUCUGAUAGCACAAGGAAUGGCUUCCCUGCUAUGCGUGAUUUUGUUGAGAAAGUGGUUGAGAAACUCAAUGUGGGAGAAAGCAAAGACCGUGUCUCUGUAGUCCAAUACAGCAGAGAUUCAGAGGUCAAUUUCUAUUUGAAUACAUACAGCACCAAAGAAGAUAUUGUGGAUUCGGUCAGAGGGCUGGUUCACAGAGGAGGCAGACCCCUCAACACCGGGGCCGCCCUCCAAUACGUGAGGAACAACGUCUUUACAAGUCCCGCCGGGAGUAGGCACCUGCAAGGUGUUCCACAGAUAUUGAUCCUGCUAAAUGGUGGAAGGUCUUUUGACAAUGUCGAUACUCCAGCCUCUGUUCUCAAACAGCAGGGCAUCAUUGUCUUUGGCAUUGGAACAAGAAACUCUGACAAUGGAGAGCUGCGGAAAAUAACACAGGACCCUAAUUACACUCUAUCUGUGUCUGAGUUCACUGACCUCCCCAGUGUCCAAGAACAGCUUUCCUCGCUAAUGAGCACAGCACUUGUGAGGGCCACGCCCAUGACACCAACAGUAACUGUGGUGACAAAGCCAAAAGGAAGAGAUGUUGUGUUCUUGUUGGAUGGAUCUGAUGGUACUAGAACCGGAUUCCCAGCUAUGCAAGCCUUUGUCCAAAGAGUAGUAGAGAGACUCAGUCUGGAUGACAACAAAGACCGUGUCUCAGUGGUUCAGUACAGCAGAGAUCCAGCUGUCCACUUCUAUUUGAACACAUAUGAGACAAAAGUGGAGAUCCUUGACACUGUCAGAGGUUUGAGGCACAAAGGCGGAAGACCCCUCAACACUGGAGCAGCUCUCCAGUACUUGAGGGAUAAUGUCUUCACAGCCUCUGCUGGAAGCAGGCGCCUGGAAGGAGUUCCACAGGUCCUGAUAUUGCUAAGUGGAGGACGGUCUUCUGACAGUGUUGAUGCAUCAGCUGCUGCUCUGAAACAGCUGGGCGUCUUGACCUUUGCAAUUGGAACCAAGGGUUCUGACAGCAGAGAACUGCGGAAGAUAUCCCACGAUGGCGAUUCUGCUAUCUCUGUGUCUGAUUUCACUGAACUUGAACGUAUCCAAGAGCAACUUCAGUCCUCCUUGGAGGCUGUGGUUAUUGACGUCACCCCAGAAUCACCGACUGUACUUGUUGAUACUCCCCAAAAGGACAUUGUUUUCCUUCUGGAUGGUUCUGAUAGCACAAGGAAUGGCUUCCCUGCUAUGCGUGAUUUUGUUGAGAAAGUGGUUGAGAAACUCAAUGUGGGAGAAAGCAAAGACCGUGUCUCUGUCGUCCAAUACAGCAGAGAUUCAGAGGUCCAUUUCUAUUUGAAUACAUACAGCACCAAAGAAGAUAUUGUGGAUUCGGUAAGAGGGCUGGUUCACAGAGGAGGCAGACCCCUCAACACCGGGGCCGCCCUCCAAUACGUGAGGGACAACGUCUUUACAAGUCCCGCCGGGAGUAGGCACCUGCAAGGUGUUCCACAGAUAUUGAUCCUGCUAAAUGGUGGAAGGUCUUUUGACAAUGUCGAUACUCCAGCCUCUGUUCUCAAACAGCAGGGCAUCAUUGUCUUUGGCAUUGGAACAAGAAACUCUGACAAUGGAGAGCUGCGGAAAAUAACACAGGACCCUAAUUACACUCUAUCCGUGUCUGAGUUCACUGACCUCCCCAGUGUCCAAGAACAGCUUUCCUCGCUAAUGAGCACAGCACUUGUGAGGGCCACGCCCAUGACACCAACAGUAACUGUGGUGACAAAGCCAAAAGGAAGAGAUGUUGUGUUCUUGUUGGAUGGAUCUGAUGGUACUAGAACCGGAUUCCCAGCUAUGCAAGCCUUUGUCCAAAGAGUAGUAGAGAGACUCAGUCUGGAUGACAACAAAGACCGUGUCUCAGUGGUUCAGUACAGCAGAGAUCCAGCUGUCCACUUCUAUUUGAACACAUAUGAGACAAAAGUGGAGAUCCUUGACACUGUCAGAGGUUUGAGGCACAAAGGCGGAACCCUCAACACUGGAGCAGCUCUCCAGUACUUGAGGGAUAAUGUCUUCACAGCCUCUGCUGGAAGCAGGCGCCUGGAAGGAGUUCCACAGGUCCUGAUAUUGCUAAGUGGAGGACGGUCUUCUGACAGUGUUGAUGCAUCAGCUGCUGCUCUGAAACAGCUGGGCGUCUUGACCUUUGCAAUUGGAACCAAGGGUUCUGACAGCAGAGAACUGCGGAAGAUAUCCCACGAUGGCGAUUCUGCUAUCUCUGUGUCUGAUUUCACUGAACUUGAACGUAUCCAAGAGCAACUUCAGUCCUCCUUGGAGGCUGUGGUUAUUGACGGCACCCCAGGAUCACCUACUGUACUCGCUGAGAUGCAGGGAUCCCGGAAGGACAUCGUUUUCCUUGUUGACGGAUCUGACGGAGUCGGACGAGACUUUCCUAUCAUCCAGGAGUUUAUCCGAAGUGUUGUAGAGACUCUCAAUGUGGGCGAGAAUAAGAUCCGGAUUGGUGUCGUCCAGUAUGGUGACUCUGCUCGAGCUGACAUGUUUCUGAAUUCACAUACAACUAAAGAAGGUGUCUUGCAAGCCGUCGGGGGAAUGAGGCAACGUGGAGGAAGACACCGUAACCUGGGCCAGGCCUUGCAGUUCGUCAGUCAGGAUGUUCUUACGGCGACACGUGGUAGCAGAAAGCAACAGGGCGUACCGCAGUUUGUAAUUGUCGUCUCCAGUGGGUCUUCAACAGAUGACAUCAGUAGGGCAGCAUCUUCCCUCAAACAAUCCAGAGUUCUUCCGUUCAGCAUCGGGACCAGGGAUGUGAACCCAACAGAGCUUCAGGUGGUGUCAUAUGUGCCAAACUUUGCCUUCACUAUCGAUGACCUUCCUGGCCUGUCCACGGUCCAAGGAAACCUAGUCACCACUCUGACUGAGCUGUCAGAUGAUGACAUUGCAAGGAUGCGUCCAGUAUUCCCAACCCUUGAAGUAAUCACCACAUCAGCACCCACUGGAGGAGAAAAGAGGGAUGUUGUAUUUCUCAUAGAUGGCACCACAGCGGUGCGUAGUGAGUUUCCUUCCAUUCGUGAAAUGAUAAGAAGAGUUGUGGAGAAGCUGGAUGUAGGAUUGGAUAAGGUCCGAAUUUCAGUGGUACAGUACAGUGAUACACCAAAGCAGGAAUUUCUUCUGAAUGAAUUCUCCACCAAAGAUGAGGUACGCCAGGCUGUGAUGAGACUUCGAAGCAAAGGUGGCGACCGUCUCAACACAGGUCGUGCUCUUGAAUGGGUCUAUAGAAACAUCUACCAGAGAUCAGCGGGAAGCCGCAUCGAGGAUGGUGUGCCCCAGUUCCUCAUUCUAGUUACAGGUGGCAAGUCUGCAGAUGAUGUGUCCGCUGCAGCUGAUCAACUUAAGAGAAACCAGGUUGCACCUCUUGCCAUUGGUUCAAGGAAUGCCGACCCGGAUGAACUGAGACAGAUUUCCCUGAAGCCUGAACUGGCAUAUACAGUUGACAGUUUCCAGCAGCUUGGAAGACUGGAGUCCCAGCUCAUUGAUUCAGUCAAAACAAUAUCCACCUCUGACAUCAUCAGAAGUUAUGUUCCUCCCGUGGUGGACUUCGGCACUUUAAAUCUUGGGAGAAAGGACAUUAUUUUCCUUAUUGAUGGCUCAGACAAUACAGGUGCUGAUGGCAUUGCACAUAUCCGUGACUUCAUCCUGAACAUUGUCCAACAACUCGACGUGCAACCUGAUCAAGUGCGAGUAGGGAUUGUCCAGUAUGCAGACAAUGUUAAAACAGAGUUCUCUCUGAACUCUCACAACAACAAGCCAGCUGUUCUCUCUGCUGUCAAAAGACUUCGUCAGAUGGGUGGCCGGUCUUCAGAUCUGGCUGAUGCCAUUGAGUAUGUGAUACAAAAAGAGUUAAAACCUGCGGCAGGGGUCCGUCAAGAGGCCUCCCAGCAUCUUGUGGUUCUCACAGGUGGACGUUCCCCCCAAGAUGUGUCCAUCUAUGGACCACUGCUUAAGGGCAGCCGUGUCAACUGCAUUGGUGUUGGAGCUGCUAAUGCUGACGCAAGGCAGCUAACCCAAAUAGCCACCACCACAGCUGAUGUUCUCCAGGUUGCUGACUUCCCUGGCCUGCCAGCUAUCCGCCAGGGGGUUAUCGACAGGUUAAGUGGGACAAUUCCGGAACCACCCACAGAAUAUGAGUAUCCUACAUCCGGCCUGCCUCCACCCAAAAAGGCUGAUAUAGUGUUUUUGGUCGAUGGCUCCAUUAACUUAGGCAAGGACAACUUCAACGAAGUGAUGUUGUUUAUCACCAACCUAAUUGAUCUGUUUUUCACUGAGAGAGACAACCUGCGGUUCGGCUUGGCACAUUAUGCCACAGAUGUGACUGAUGUCUUCUAUCUCAACACAUACCAGAACCGGCAGGACAUUUUAAAUGCUAUUGGCCGAACAGAGUACAAAGGUGGACGUAGAAUCAACACUGGUGCAGCCAUUCGCCACGCACAAGAUGUUUACUUUACCAAAGAAAAGGGCAGCAGGGUGGAUGAAGGCACUCCCCAGAUCCUUAUGAUUGUCACUGGAGGACGCUCAGCUGAUGAUGGCAAAACAGCAGCCCUUGGUCUGAAGAAAAGAGGUGUGAGAGUCUUUGCUGUCGGAGUCGGCGACAUCGAGAAUGAGUUAGAAGAGUUAGCAAGUGAAUCUUCCACUGUGGCUAGAGCAAGCACCUUUCUGGAACUCUCCGAGCUCAACGAGCAAAUCCUGGAGACUUUGGAUGAUGAAGUGAAAGGCAGUCUGUGUGUUGGUGUGCAGGAGACUACUAAAACCUGCAGCGUUGAGGUAUUGGUGGGCUUUGAUGUUUCUGCCCAGAACAUCUUCAGUGCUCAGACCUACCUCCAGGGGAAGGUUGAGGCCAUUCUGAAAAGGAUUUCCAAAAUGGCAGCUAUCAGUUGCUCAUCUGGGCAGAUUCCCUCUGUGCAAGUGGGCAUGCUGGCCCUGGACUCCGCCUCUGAGCCUGUCCAUCUGGACUUCACAGACAAUGCUUCUGAUCUCUUUGAGGCCUUCAAAGCCCUACGGAGUCGUGGCCCCUUUGUCCUCAAUGGCAAGACCAUCUCAGCGUACACCAAAAGGUUCAAAACCAGACAGGACGACGUUGUCAAGGUUGUCAUUCAUCUUACUGACGGUAUCGAUGCCCCAUUUGCUGAAUUGAAAAAGCAAGUUGAGGAGCUUCGUUCGUCAGGAGUGAACAGUCUGAUCCUGGUCGGGCUGGAGCGCGUGCCCCAAUUUGAACAAGCUUUGCUGCUGGAAUUUGGACGUGGCUUCAGGUACACCAGACCUCUCCGACUCAACGUCAUGGACUUGGACUAUGAGCUGAUGGAAGAACUGGACCAUAUUGCAGAGAGGGAGUGCUGUGCAGUGCCUUGCAAAUGCGUUGGCACCAGAGGAGACCGCGGAGCAGUGGGAGCUUCAGGGACUAAGGGUGCUCUGGGAUCGCCAGGAAGCCAAGGACAUCCUGGCGAUGAGGGCGGACCUGGAGAGAGGGGUCCUCCCGGUGUCAAUGGAACUCAGGGUUUCCAGGGGUGUCCUGGACAAAGGGGUGUCAAGGGUUCUCGUGGGUACUCGGGAGAAAAGGGAGAAUUUGGAGAAAUAGGACUUGAUGGCAUUAAUGGAGAAGACGGCAAAAGUGGAGUGACAGGACCACCGGGUGAGGGAGGACACUCUGGCCAGAUGGGCCCCAAAGGUACCAAAGGACAAGCAGGAGGCAGAGGAGAAUUGGGAGUCAGAGGAGACCCUGGCACAAGUGGACGAGAUAACAGCCGCUCUGGACCGAAAGGAGAAUCCGGUGAUGCUGGACCAGCGGGAGCGCCCGGGGAGGAUGGAACGAAAGGAGGCCCCGGGGAACUCGGAAGAGGGGGAGCAAAUGGCAGAAGAGGCCAACCUGGACCGGCAGGAAAUUCCGGAAAGCCAGGCGCUGAUGGUCUUCAGGGAGAAGCUGGUAUUGGAGGAUCAAGAGGCCAAUCAGGACCAAACGGUGCACCAGGACCCAGAGGAGAAGAUGGAAACCCUGGACCCAGAGGUCCCGGAGGCAGUGCAGGUCAAGCUGGAGAUAAGGGAAGAAGAGGAGCUCUUGGUCGCAAGGGUGAGCCCGGAGAUCCAGGACUUAAGGGGGGCAUCGGACCUCUUGGUCCUCGUGGAGAGUCUGGAGACGAUGGCAGAGAUGGGUUUGGCUUCGCGGGGCCUAACGGGAGAAAGGGCGAUGAGGGCUUCCCAGGAUUCCCAGGAUUAAAGGGAGCAGCUGGUGACUCUGGCACCAAAGGAGGACCUGGACCGAACGGGAAUCUUGGACAGAGGGGUGUCUCUGGGAAUAUCGGCACACCCGGACAGAAGGGAGAGUUUGGAUAUCCCGGGCCUUAUGGUCAGAAAGGACCGAGAGGACCCGGCGUUGUGCAAUGUGACCUGGUUAAGAAAAUUAGAGAAAACUGUCCGUGCUGUUACGGGAAGCAGGAAUGCCCGCUCUACCCCACGGAGCUGGCCUUCGCCCUGGACGCCUCCGAAGGGGUCGGCAGCGCCUUCACCAACAUGCGCGACACGGUCCUGAACCUCGUCAAGGACAUCGCCAUCUCCGAGAGCAACUGUCCCCGAGGAGCCCGCGUCGCCUUGACCCUGUACAACAACGAGGUGACCACCGAGGUUCGCUUCGCCGACGCCAUGAAGAAGCCGGCCCUGGUGCAGCGCAUCGAGGGCCUGCAGGCCCUGCAGACACGCAAGCAGCGCAACCUGGAGACGGCCAUGAGCUUCAUCGCCCAGAACACCUUCAAGAGAGUGCGCAGCGGCUUCCUCAUGAGGAAGGUGGCCAUCUUCCUCGUGGGUGGACCGGUCAGUCAGGCGCAAACGGUCACCAACGCCGCUCUUCGCCUCCACGACGCUGGCAUCGCGACUCUGUUCCUGGUCCCUCGUGAGGACAGAGCUCUCAGCAGAGCACUGCAGGUCAACAACACGGCACUGGCCCAAGUUAUCGUCCUUCCCAACUCUGGAAGUGCUCAGUACAAGUCAGUCCUCCAGAAGGUGAUAAACUGCCACGUCUGCCUCGACAUCUGCUCUCCGGACCAAAUGUGCGACUACGUCCCCCCGGUGGUCAGCCGAGACCGGAGGUCUUCCACCACCGACGUGGACAUCGACAUGGUCUUCGUCAUCGACAGCUCCGACUCCACCUACCCGACGGUCUUCACCGAGAUUAAGCGUUACAUCGCGCACAUCGUGGGGCAGCUCGAAGUGUCCUCCGCUCCCACGUCGUCCGUGAAUCACGCCAGAGUGUCCGUGAUCCAGCAGGCGCCUUACCAGUUCAUCGCCAACAACACCGGCUCCCCGAUCCACGUGGACAUCGGUUUGACGGAGCACCGCUCGGCUCAGGACAUCGUCAAAUUCCUGCUGGAGAAGACUCCGCAGCUGGAGGGAGGCCGGGCUCUGGCCGCGGCCAUCGAGUCCACCGUGGAGCAGGUGUUUGAGAAGGCGCCGCUCCACCGGGACAGGAAACUGCUCUUCCUCUUCGUGACGGGGAGCGUGGCGGAAGAAGAGGAGCACCUGGUGCGUAUUGCCACUGAGGUCAAGUGCAGAGGCUACUUCCUGGUCAUCCUGGGCGUGGGGAAGAAGUUGAGCGCCGGAGACUCCCGCGUCUUGUCCCGCAUGGCCAGUGAGCCGUCAGAUGUCUUCUUCAAGCGGCUGGACACCGUCUCGCAAUUUUACGAUAAACACAUCCAGACGUUCGGAGAGCUUCUGCCCAAGUAUAUCAGCAUUGAAAACGCUUUCUUCAUGUCCCCUGAAGUCUCCAAAAAUUGCAAGUGGUUCCAGAGUGACCAGCCACUUAAAAACCCGUUUACAUCAUCACAACAACAAUCUGAGAAAAAUCAUAAACAUCAUGAAAACCACCAAGCAGUUCAUCAAAGAAAGCACAAAGAUGAGUUGCACGUCUCCAACGUCACCUCCAGCAGCUUGAAUUUGCGCUGGUCCAGCCCAGACCACAAGCUCUUUGUGUACUUCGAGGUGGUGGUGAUGCGGUUGCACGACCACGCCCUGGUGCUGAAAACCAACGUGUCGGACACCGAGCUGACCGUGGACAACUUGGAGAGCUCCCAAACGUACCACGCCGUGGUCACCGCCCACACGGCCGAGGGGGAAACCGUCUCCACCCGCAAAGGCAUCAUGACCACCAAAGCAGCAGAUCACAAGCCAGAGCCUAAGCCAGCCAGGACUGUGAAUACCACACCGCUGGACACGCCACAGACUGUCGAUGACUUUGCAGACCCGUGCUCACUUGACUAUGAACCUGGAAUGCCGUGCAAAGACUAUGAGAAUAAGUGGUUCUUUGACAGAAAGAACGAGUUCUGUUCCCAGUUCUGGUACGGCGGUUGUGGAGGCAAUGCCAAUAGGUUUGACUCUGAGGGCCUCUGCUUGAAACACUGCAUGGGGUUAGUUCCAGAGCCUCAGCAAAACGUUCAGCAAGUUGAACAGGUGGUGGUCCUCCCGAGUCCUGCGGACUCUCCAGCCGUGGACAUUUGCCAGCUUCCCAAACAGGAAGGUACUUGUGCCAAAUUUGUCCUCAAGUGGCACUUCAACGCGCCCACCCAGAGCUGCACACGCUUCUGGUACGGAGGCUGCGGCGGGAACCAGAACCGCUUUGAGACGCACCAGCAGUGUGUGAAGGCUUGCGGAAAACCAGCACCCCGCCGCCAAGGAGUCGCCGCUGCAUUAAGAACAUAGGAGCCAACAUGGCCGCCUGCCCCCUCUGCGCGGGGUCCUGAGGAGAAGCGUCCAACACGGCCGCACUGUAAGCAUGUGAGACCAAAGCAAUGGUGGCUGCACUGGAUUCCACGAGAAAUGGACUUUAUCCCCGAAAUUCUUGAAGUCUUUUUCCACAACAAGAAGGAAGACAACACGACUCGCUGCAUGAUUAGUUUUAACCUUCUGGUGCUACAUAGUAUGUUUGUUUUACCAAUAGAGUUUUUAGGUGCAUUCAGUUUUGUAACGUCAGCUUUUCUGGAACAAUGGCAUGAUGAGUCCUCAUAUUUAAAAAAAAAAAAAAGCAGAACCAUAUUUGAAUAUCUUGGACAGAGAUUAGCAAGACACCGGUACAGCAUUUUUCUUUUCUAGUGUGUAUUUUACAUUCCACGUUCACUUAGCAACAUUGACAUUUUUUGAUUGAUAUUGUUUUAGAAACACACUUGAUCCCUGUGGAAUCAUUUCGUCACUAUGUUACUGUCACAGAAUACACAGCAAUGUUUACACACGUCUCGUAUGGAGGUUUAUUAUUUUAUAAUGACAAUGGCCAAACCAUAUUGUAAUGUUAAGUGCACUUCUGGGUCCACUGCCUCCAACACACCAAGCUCCAGCUGUUGAGAGGUAGAAUGGAAUUAUCAGGCUUUUAACAUUGUUUCGUUUCAUUUUGUUUGAAUAAAAUGUUCUGAUUAGAGGGUUAAAUAAACACAACUUUGACUUUCUAAUA